AUGAUUCAUUUUAUUACUCUGCUAUUACUUGGCACUUUGUCAUCACUUACGAAGUGUGAAUCAUCAAAAGAUUUUGGUAUCAUGAUUCUUUAUCUGACUGGUCGCCAUCCAAGCGAUUAUAAUCGCUAUGGAUGCUGGUGUAGUACUGGUGUUUCAAACGCCACUCACAGCUUACCUAUUGACGAAACAGAUUCUUGUUGUAAAAUGCAAUUGGAAUGCUAUGAUCGUAUAAAAGCAAUGAAUAUAUCAUUCAUGACUGAUUGGAAAUAUCGUACCACAUAUUAUGACAAUAAAAUUCAAUGUGUUGACUUUGAUGAAAGUCCAAAUCGCGAGUUGUGUUUAUGUGAUAAACGUGCUGCCGAAUGCCUCAGAGGAGCGCUUUCCACAUACAGUUCUGAUAAGAAAGACAUGAGUUUAUCAUCGGCUUGUAAACCAAAAGUUAAUGAUACUAUUCUUCGCUGGGAUCCAGUUGGAAUCACAGUCGUUGGCACCACUGGAGUGGCAGGUGUGGCCGGAAACCUAUUGAAUAUACCUUAUGGUUUGGCGCUCGAUUCAACCAAUACACUAUAUAUCGUUGAUCAUUAUAACCAUCGAGUUCAAAAAUGGGUUCUAGGUGCUUCAAAUGGUUCCACAGUAGCUGGCCAAACAAAUGGAGCGCCUGGAUCAAGUGAUAGCCAUCUCACUCACCCUGCUGGGAUUGCUGUCGACUCGGAUGGAAAUGUAUUCGUGGUUGAUACUAAUAAUCAUCGUGUUCAACGAUGGCGAAAAGAUGCAUCUUCUGGUACUACGGUAGCGGGAGUAACAGGUAUGCAAAUUCAAGAGAACUUUUGA